ACCAUCUUGACCGCGGAGUGUAUCUCUGGCAGCAGGCGGGAUCUCGUGCUCGCAGGCUGCCGGUAGAAGUCGGGCGGGCGGGCGCAGAGAGCAGCGUGGUCCACAUCCUGAGACUGACUGACACCCGCCGGCGUAAAAAAGAAAAGUUACUCUUACUUCGCGGACACACUGCCAACAUGUCUGGAGACGACGAGUCGCAGGAGCAGACCAUCGCCGAUGACUUGGUGGUCACCAAGUACAAGAUGGGCGCUGAGAUUGCGAAUCAGGCCCUGAAGGCGGUCGUUGCGGCAGGCAUGGCUGGAGUCUCCGUACUCAGCCUGUGCGAAAAGGGUGACGCCUUCAUCAUGACAGAGACUGGGAAAAUCUUCAAGAAGGAAAAGGACAUGAAGAAAGGUAUCGCUUUUCCUACUUGUGUGUCGGUUAACAACUGCGUAUGCCAUUGCUCCCCUCUGAAGAGUGACACAGACGUCAUACUGAAGGACGGGGACCUUGUCAAGAUUGACCUGGGUGUGCAUGUUGAUGGCUUCAUCUCAAAUGUGGCUCACAGCUUUGUUGUGGGAGUAACCAAGGACAACCCACUCACAGGGAAGAAGGCUGACGUUAUCAAAGCAGCUCACCUCUGUGCUGAGGCUGCCCUGCGUCUUGUCAAGCCAGGAAACCAGAACACACAGGUCACCGAAGCCUGGAACAAGAUUGCAAAGUCAUUCAAGUGCUCUCCGAUUGAGGGCAUGCUGUCCCAUCAGCUCAAACAACAUGUGAUUGAUGGGGAGAAAACUAUCAUCCAAAACCCAACGGACCAGCAAAGGAAGGACCAUGAGAAGGCUGAGUUUGAGGUACAUGAGGUGUAUGCAGUGGAUGUGCUCAUCAGCACUGGAGAAGGGAAGGCCAAGGAUGGAGGACAGAGGACCACCGUUUAUAAACGAGACCCCAACAAGGUGUACGGCUUGAAGAUGAAGACAUCUCGGACAUUCUUCAGUGAGAUGGAGAGACGCUUUGAUACGAUGCCCUUCACUCUGAGAGCAUUUGAGGAUGAAGGCAAGGCCAGGUUGGGUGUGGUGGAGUGUGCCAAACAUGAGCUGCUGCAGCCUUUCAAUGUGCUGCACGAGAAAGAGGGCGAAUGUGUUGCCCAGUUCAAGUUUACCGUGCUGCUCAUGGCCAAUGGACCUCUGCGAAUCACCAACAGCCUCUUUGAGCCAGAACUCUACAAGUCUGAGCAUGAUGUGGAGGACGCAGAGCUGAAGGCUUUGCUUCAAAGUUCAGCCAGCCGCAAGACUCAGAAGAAGAAGAAAAAGAAGGCCUCAAAGACUGUCGAGAGUGCAACUGGACAGGCGAUGGAGACUGAAGCUGCAGAAUAGAUUCUAUCUCCAAGAAAUUCUGACAGACCUCUGAUGACCCAAAGAACAGACGUCACAAAUCCUUCUGUCCCAGCUGUCUGAGGCACUAGCUGGUGUAGCCGCUGUGAAUACCUCCGAAUCUAACUGAUGUCAGUCUGGGAUGAUGCUGCUCCUAAAUUGUCACUCCACCUAAAACACACACACACACACACACGUCCAUAGUAAAUCUCACUGUCCUUGAGACAGCCUUUUGUCUUGAUAGUGGACACAGUUCUGCUGCAAGAGAGGAUGUUUUGUGCAAGGGCAUAUUCUCACUGGAACAAUUCGACUGAUCUUGAUCUUUUUUUUUCCUUUUUCCACAAUAACUGUAGUGAAACAUAUGGAGAAUAAAAUGAGUUUGACAGAGCGGCCAAGGACAAUGAAUGCACAAUACUGUGUCAGCGUAAUGGGGUUUGGCAUUUAGAUAACUUCCUUGAGGUCAUAAGCAGGAAGCCAUGCCUUUUUGAAAUGAGCGUGAACUAAUCGUGGACUUCAAUGUAACACCCAACUUGAAUCCUGAUGUCCCAUGACAUUCACUCAAUUUCAAAUCAUGUCAUCUUAAGUCAACAUUACUGCUCAGUUCAGCAAAAUUACCACAUUUGUACUGCUCUUGCUUAAGCCUACUAGUCACUGUGUAUACUUCUAGGCACCAACUGUAGUUUACUCGGCUAAUCAUUUCUAAGACUGACAUUUUAAGUCCUACCAGUUUAGUAAUUUAACAAGUAACAGAAAAAGAUUUUUCCUUUCUCACCUGUGGAUGGUCUGACUUCUGCCAAGGGUUCAGCAUUCAGUCAUCUGAUGCCGCCAUGAGCCUGACAGUCUGUGUUUACAUUAGAAUUCCAUACUUGUUAAAUAUAUGGAUACUUUUGUAAAACAAAUCCCACUUUCAGAGACUAUUUUUGGAAACAUUAAAGAGCCACCUGACAUCAA